UAAGCGGAUCUGCGAUAACAGAAUACAGCACUGACUGACACAGGCUAAGACACUCAACACCGCCCUCUCAGCUGAGUCUGGUCUGGGAGGAAAAAUAUUACGUAACAAUAAAAGAUCUGUCUCCCAGCCCUACUUCCUGAAUACCAGCCUAGGCCCUAAACUGAAGCAAGGCAGAAGCCACAUUAGUUUGUUUGAGCCUACUUUUUUCUGCUUUAUCCCCUGCAUCCACAUAUUCACUAGAACCACCCCUCCUUCUCAGGCCCUCUAUUUGGGUCAGUGAUGCAGCGAGGUUGACACAGCAGUGUUAGCGGCCUCCAGAGGCUUUUCCACAACAAGGAAGCGGAUCGGAGAGUCUCUGCCAGAUCCACAGUCCAAGGACAGCUACCAGACAACAGCGAAGGGGGGGAAACGGUGAAGCCUUGAACUAAGCCAAAGGGAGCUGGGUUGUUAACGUCCUUCCCUCCUCCCACACAGACACCAGAGAGACUGCCUACCUCCUUCCACUAUGACAGAGACAGGAGCCAGCAAGACCGUCUUCAAACAAACAUUUUGAUGACUGUGGUGUCCCCCUCCAUUCAGGACCUGAUGGACAGCACUCACCCCCACACCGUGCUCAGCAAGCUUAAUGAGCAGCGCUCACAGGGCCUUUUCUGUGAUGUUACCAUUGUUGUGGAGGAUGUAAAGUUUCGGGCCCACAGGAACAUCCUGGCAGCCUGCAGCGGCUACUUCAGGAAUGCAUUGAUGGCUCCGGAGGACUGGACUUCCAGCCAGGUGCUGGAGCUGAUGGACCUGAAGUCUGAAGUGUUUGCCUGUGUCCUCAACUUUAUCUAUUGCUCAAAGGUGGCAUUAACUGGUGCAGAGGACAGACAGGUCAUGGUGGCAGCUGGGAAGAGACUAGGGAUUCCUUUUUUAGAGAGGCUAGCAGAAGAGAAGCAGGGCUCUGGACUUUCACAAAUCAUAACAGGACAUGUUAAAACUACAGACUCUAGCAAGGUACAGAUGCCCAAGAAAGCAAAAAAGGAGGCUUAUAGGCCUGAGGAGAUAGAAAGUGCCAGAGGUCCGCGCAUCACCAACGCCUUUUCUAUCACUGAAGUGGGACCAGGGAGCAACCCCUUUACUCCACUGGUUCUCACCAAUAGGGAGAGACAGUCACCAGAUGUGGGACAACUCCCUGCCAUUUGCCCUGCCACCUCUUGCUUAACCGGAAACAAUGAGACACCACGCGCCCUGUCAGAACACUCUUACGCAGUAAAUCAGGGUGCUGAACAAAAUGAAAGCAGCCAGGAGAACGACAGAAAAGUUUCUAAGCCUUUACAAUCACAGCCAAAGCAACUGGUUAACAGGAAUAUGGGCCCACUUAAAAAGCGCCACAGGCUGAGAGGCACUCUUGGUAGAAGUAUGCCUCCUGCACCAGCAGUGCUACAUUUAGAUGUACUGACUACUGAUGGCCCAACAGUAGAUACUGCUGUCACGAACACACCAUCGGCAGUCAUGACACCACCACCACUUUAUUCGGAGACAGAAAAAGAAAAGAGGACAGAUGUGGAGUCACAUACAGCCAGUGAUAACAUUCAAAUGGAGUUAGAUCCACCUACUCUUUCCCCUCAUACUGAAGACAGCAUAUCAAUCUACGGAUGUGAAUACUGCCCAGAAAUAUUCACCAAUAAAGCUCUGCUUACCAUACACACAGAGGUGCAUAAAAAGCGUUUUGUCAGCCAUCUGUUUUGCAAAUUUUGUCACAGGAAGUUCAUGCACCUGAAACGACUGCGAAACCAUGAGCAGAUCUGUUUGAAGGUUAUGAGCGAGCCACCUACAUUAGACCUCAGCGACAAAGAGACUAGGGUAAUGGAACUUCAUUCAGAUAACAUGCCAAAGCUGGGUAACCCAGAGACACAAGUAUCGCCUGCUGAUGUCUCCACCCCUUAUUUGCUAGAUCCUCUUUGCAUGGACCAGUCAGAGAACCAGCAGGCUGCGGAGAAGGCGGUAAAUUUAGGUGGUGGGCAAAGGGUUUACAAUUGCAGUGUGUGUAAAAGGGUCUAUGUCACCCUAUCCAGUCUGAAGCGACAUGAGAAUGUGCAUUCCUGGCAAAGGGCCUAUCCCUGUCAUUACUGUAAUAAGGUGUUUGCCCUUGCAGAGUACCGUACCAAGCAUGAGAUCUGGCACACAGGUGAACGCCGCUAUCAAUGUAUUUUCUGCUUGGAGACUUUCAUGACCUACUAUAUCUUAAAAAACCAUCAGAAAUCUUUUCACGGCAUUGAUCCCAGACUAGCUGUGAAGAAAAAGUCUGCCAACGGUGGAUUCAAAGCAAGUGUAUAUCCUAUCAAACUCUACAGGCUUCUGCCUAUGAAGUUUCGAAAAAGGCGAUACAAGACAUACAGUCAGACAUAUUCAGAGGGUGAAGAACAAGGUCAAAAAGACUCACUUGACAGCAACUCUCUUAUUCCUCCAUUUGAACGGAGUGGCAUUGUCAGCAAUACAGAUACCGUGUCAUUCCAAAUGCCUGUAACAUUCAUGGCUACAACAAAGACAGUGGCACCCGUGAUGCCUCGCAUCACCUUUGACCAGCCAUAUGACCAAGACAAUGACCAAAGCUUGAACUCUGAAGCAGAGCAGCGUUAUCAGAAAGACACAAGGAAAGAGGCGGAAUGUAGGAAUCCAACAUUUAUCAGCAGUGACAGUACAAACCCUUUACAGUCGGACCUGGAGCACCCUGCCCUGGACUACAGAGAUGACACUCAAGCAUUAAUGAACUCUGAACACAUAGGUCAUAGCAUUCCAUUCUUAGCACAAUCGUUAAACACUGUUAAGAAGCUAGGUGAACUGUCCGCUGCAGCAGAGAGAGUUGAGGCAAUGACCAAAGAGAUACUUCUGUCAGGGACAGAGAGCCUGCCAGGAAAUAAAACGGAAGGGGGAAAGACUGAAAUGUACAUUGCCAAGCCUGCAUGCCAAGGUCCAUCUGUGGAUGGUGGCAGUCUGCCGCUCUGCCAGAUAACAGUGAAAAUAGGUAAUGAGGCUAUAAUCCGCCGUAAAAUCAAAGGUUCUAAGCUUUUCCCCAAGAAGAGAAAGAAAAAUAGGCAGCUGAGUGAAGUAAGGAGCCUAGGUCAGUGCCCUACAACAGUGGACAGCUCAGAAAACCCAAGGCUCCGGCUCCAAACAGAAGGAACUACAACCACACAGCCAGAGAUGUAUGAUGAGUCAAAGGACCAUGACACAGCUGAUAUGCUUUGGCGUCCCUACUACUCUUACAAAGCAAAAAAAAAGAAAAAGAAGCUGAGAUUCAAGCACAGAAGAGAUAAACAUCACAGUUAUCCUGCAACAUCAGUAGUUAGAACUACACCUGGUAAGGCCCAGUUGGAGAAAGGAUGUGUGGUGAGAGACAAGAGCAUCUCAGACGGUGUCGCAGAGGCGAAGCGCAGUCUCAGGAACAGCAGCCCAAGGGCCUCUUACAACUGUGACAUCUGCGACAGCUCCUUUAUCACUGAGUCUGGUUUGAGAGCGCACAUUAUUGGUUCCCAUCCAUGUUUUUGUCGGACGUGUGGCAAGCAGGGCCCCCCUGGCGAGGCCCCGACUUGUGGCGAUUACAUCUGUGACAGCUGUAUGGAAAAUGGCUCUUGCUUCGAUAACACAUCCCGGAGUCCCGGCACAGAGAAGAGAUAUCGUUGUUCCUUCUGUCCCCAGCGUUUUCUCUACCUCGCCACCAAGAGAAGCCACGAGAAAAAACACCAGGACACAACUGGGAAGGGGUAUAAAUAUGAAAACUACUCACCAUCAUCCAAGCACUCCACAUAUCCCAAUGAGGACAGUGAACAAAAAAUAAUCAAAACGGAAGAGGGUGUCAAUCAAGAAAAUGCCAAUAUGAAAAGUCAUGAAAUGGGGAGAGGACAUUUCUCCACAGAUAAGAUGAAGCCUAGAAUUGAUGACGCAGCUCACUUUAUUUCCAUUCCUCCAAAAUCAUAUCAGGAUAUGUCAUGUUCUAGGGUCAAAGAUCCACCAUCUUCCUCCUAUCCUGACACUUUUUUGCCCCUGCCACCUUCAAAGGGGAUACAUAAGAAGGGCCAAAAAAGAAUCGGUACACAACAAACUAUGCAUCUCGCCUCAAAAAAGCAAACUCUUGAAAUGGGCAGGGACAGCUUCAAGAGUCUUUUGAUAAGACAAAGAACAAACAGUCACAAUGAUGACAGACCCCCUCAUCUGUUCUGGAAAAAUGACGAGAAGUGGAAGUGUAAACAGGAGCCUUAUUUUGAGGACCACAACUGAAUAAAGGCGAAAGAUAAACUGAAUUCUCUUGCUAGUGACAAUGAGCCACGAUUCUCUUUUAGCAAUGUAAAAGCACCCUGAGCGUAGCUUUUUCUUAACAGCUGAGGUCAAUAAAAACGUUUUCAACAGACAAUUACUACUGAAUGUAAACACCUAAUAUCAGUGUAAGUUGUAAUUUCUACAGUUCUAAACACAACAGGCGGAGGGCUUUUUCAACUUUGCAGAAUUCUUUUUUUAUAUAUUUGUAGCCUUCUGAAAUAGACCAUAGUUUUCCCAUUUUCUAUGUGUGAAAGGCAGACUGUGGAAUGACAAUAUCCUCAUGAAAAGCAUCGGCCGAUACUGUAAGUUAUCAACGCGGCACGUUUCAAAGGGAAGAUCAACCUUGAAAUCACAAGUUGAGAGUUGUAGGGGUGAGAACUGUGUGGUAUUUCAAAGUUCACAUCGUUGCUUUCUAAAGUAUGUCUGUGGAGACACUGUCAGCAAUUCUAUGACUGUCACUUUAUUGAGUCUACCUUUCAAUAACUGGGCAUGGAGAGUUGCACUUUAUAAUAAGGUUAUGUUUGUUUUACUGAUUGAUUACUUUUGUAACUUAAUCACAAUUCUAUAAUUGCCACGGUUGUUACUAUCCUAAUUUCUAUCACAGACACAAUUGAUAUUAACGUCAUUACCUUUGUUUAAAUAUGUAAGAAAAAUAUAAACUACUAAAAUAAAU